AUGGAAGCUGAAGAAAUUCUCCAGCUCUUGGAUUCUUACUGGUUUCAACAUGGAUUUUUUACUCACAAACAUGAAGAUCAAGAAUCAAUGGUUUGUGCCGUGCCAAAACCGAGUCUUUUAGAAGUUUCCGUGCAACAUAGGCCGACCCUUCAAGUUCGAUCCUAUAGCGACCGAGGUACAGUUCACGAUGGAAGUUUCGGUCAAGAAACAGCAACUUCACCUAAUUUAGUCAUGCUCAAACCAAAGUUGCAGAAGAUAUUCUCUGGUAAAGAAAUAACUCAAUCCAUAAAUGACGAGGCUGAUGAGGAGAAACCGAAACACCCCAAAGGAAAAAUGAGGCCGAGACUAAAAGGUAUGAGCAAAAGCUUAUCAGAACUUGAAGUUAAGGAGCUAAAAGGGUUCAUGGACUUGGGAUUUGUGUUUACUGAAGAAGAUAAGAGAUCAAGUAGCUUAGUUUCAAUCAUUCCUGGACUUCAACGUUGGGGGGAAAUAGACGUGAACGAAAAUAAUUGGGAAAAAGUUUCAAGGCCUUAUCUUUCUGAAUCUUGGGGUGUUUUGUACCAAAGAAGGGCAUAUAAUCCUUCGAUGAAAUGGAAAACUGCUGCUUCUGUAUGUGAUGAAAUCAACAUGAAAGACCAACUCAGAGUUUGGGCUCAAUAUGUUGCAUCAACUAUGAUAACAAUAGCAUAUGUAGAUGAUGUUAAGUACACAAAUUCUGACCAGUUUCUGAUUAGUUUUGAAGUCAUUGGCAAUACUGAAAAUGGUAUAAAACAAGUUGACGUUUGUCGUUUUGUUAUAGUAGCAGCCCCCGGUGCAAGUCAAGAGUUCAAGGUUUUGUAUUCAUGUGAAUUAUUGUGUUAUCUUCGAUGGGACACAAUACAUGUAUAUCCCAAGCAUGCAUAA